AUGCAAUUCCUAUCAGCUAAUUCUUUACUUUAUAUAAGAGUUGUUUUCCUAUUAACAAUUGUCUUUUAUCUAAUUACUGAUCCAGAAGGAUUAUGUACUGCUGGUUUUGUCGUGUUAAUGGGACAAGCAAUGCAAGUUCCAUUAGUGCAAUUAUCUAAAUCAAAUCCAAUGUUGGGGAUAACUGCAAUGACUUUCACUUCAUUAGCUAUCGGGGAUGUUAUUCCAUUACUUGCACAAAAUUUUGCGUAUUUUGAAAGUUUAGUUCCAAUUAGAUUAGCAGGAUAUUUCAUUUUGGCUGGAUAUAUUUAUUUCGUUCCAACUUCUAUGGUAAGCAAUAGUUUAGUCAUUACAUUUGCAUUUUUGGAAGUUUGGUUCAACUUUUUGAUCUUUAAUAACUUAAGGGAUGAGAAAUAUUAUAGAAUGAAGAAAUUUGUCGAAGAAAAUGCUGAAGCUAUGCAAAGAGCCCACGAUGAACAAGUCAGAGUCAUUGAAGAAGAUGAGUAG